UAAAAAGUGGGCCAAUUAUUCAAUCAAAAAACCUAGUAAAAAAAUAAAGAAAGUGACCAACAGAGAUGAUUCUCCUACACUGAAAAAACUAAUUAAGGAAUUGACUACUGCUUCUACUCAGCAAAUUUCCUCAGAAAAUACUAUCACUUUGAAUACUGCUAUUUUUGAAAUGAGCAAGAUUCAGUUAAUUUUAAUGAAUUAA